CCUUCGCAGCACAUAUAAAUAGCUGAAAAUUGCCAGUGGUUCUCAUUCAUCCCGUCACUCGUAUUUGAAGUACUGAAUUACCUACUGUCUCUCAAGCAACUAUGGCACGCACCAAGCAGACCGCUCGCAAAUCUACAGGAGGGAAGGCUCCCCGCAAGCAGCUGGCAACCAAAGCUGCCAGAAAGAGUGCCCCCGCCACUGGAGGAGUCAAGAAGCCUCAUCGAUACAGGCCUGGCACAGUCGCCCUGAGAGAGAUUCGCCGCUACCAGAAGAGCACUGAGCUUCUCAUCCGAAAACUGCCAUUCCAGCGUCUAGUGCGUGAGAUUGCACAGGACUUCAAGACAGAGCUACGUUUCCAGAGUUCCGCUGUGAUGGCCCUUCAAGAAGCCAGCGAGGCAUACCUAGUUGGCCUCUUUGAGGACACCAACCUGUGUGCCAUCCACGCCAAGAGGGUUACCAUCAUGCCCAAAGACAUCCAGCUCGCCCGUCGAAUCCGCGGAGAACGCGCCUAGAACCAUCGGUACAGCAUGUAGCCCAUGCACCGCAUACACAAACGGCUCUUUUCAGAGCCACCACAACCCCAAGAAAGAAUCAUUGAUUUCUAAAAUGAACACGAUGCAUGACAAUCGACGCUAUUAUAAGAAGAAAAAAAA